GCUCACUGACAUGGAGUAUACAAAAUGAAAAACGCCUCUGUUUUUUCCAAGCAUAGGUGUACACCAGCGGUCAUCUUUCUCUACAUUUAUUUUUCUGACUAGCGACAAGUCUUUGAUCACUUUUGAAUAUAGACAGUGAAAAGAGCUCUCCCCGUCAAGACCAGCAAUUUUCAGCUAUGGGGUAACCCUAAAAAGUUAACUGGGAUUAUGUGUUUGGACAGGGUCCCGGGAGCCUCGGAUGUGUUUCGGAUGACUUUGUGUGCAGUAGAUUGACAUUGGGCUCUCAGCAUAUCUCUCCCAUGUGUCCUUGUUUCACCUUAAAGUUUAAAUAAGUUAAUUUACCUGUUCAAAUCUGCAGGUUUUUGCCUGAGGUGUUUUGAAUCUUUUUCUUCUUAACUUGGUUCGCUGCAUAUAGAAAUGGCGAAAGAAAAAAGUGCAUGCUUAGGUAAUGAAGUUUCCCAGCCAAAGAAAAAUUUGACAAAGAAAAUGCAAGAGUUGAACAAUGAGCUGAUUCUUGACAAAAUAUUUGUUCCUAUUCCUGGAUUAUCCUCUAAUUUUAUAUUAGGUCCAUGCUUUAAGACUACGUUUCCUCCGGAGCUCUCUCCUCUUUACCCCUUAGCUAAAGGAGAGAAGCUACUUCUACACUCCGUGGAACCUGAUUGGUUCAAAGAUAAGACUCUGCGGUCAUGGCCUUCUGCAAAUAGAAAAUGGAUUGAUUGGGUAGAUAGAGUUGAGAAGGCCAAAGGAGAGGUCUGGAAAUCAGCGGGAAUAUAUGAUGCCAUUCAGUUGUCCAAGAAUGGUAUCCCCAUGGACAAUGAUCUUCUUUAUGCUGCCUUGUGCUAUUGGUCAAUCUCCACAAACUCAUUCCACUUCAGAUUUGGUAUGAUGGGGCCAACAGUACUCGAUAUUGUUGCCUUGACAGGACUUAGGCCACAUGGCGAGGAAGUCAGCGCCAUUCUUGGGAUGGCUGAAUCGGCUUGUGAUUUUCCCAAGUAUGGAAAAAUUUAUAAUAAUUCCUUAUUUUACUCCAGAUAUCUCAAUGUGUCAAAGGGAGAAAUGGCUGUGACGGAGGAAGAGCAUGUAUCUUUUCUGUUUGCGUGGCUCAGCAAUCAUCUGUUUUGUGACUCUUCUGUAAACAUGAUCAAGCAAUGCACAAAACUGGCAUUUGCUCUUGCUGCGGGUAGAAAGACUGCUUUGGCACCCUUUCUCUUGUCUAAUUUAUAUCAUGGAUGCGCUGACAUAAUUAAUGCAAAGUUUCAGUAUGAAAGAGGUCCAUUCUGGAUCUUGCAGUUCUGGCUACAGUCUUACUUUCCAGAAUUUCGACCUGUGACCUUGGAUUACAGUAAUGCUCCAACCUAUGGAUUUCCCUUGGCUGAAGGUGCAUUGAGAUAUAAAUCAUUCAAGGAAUACUUUAACUUCUUUCGUAAAUGCUCAUCUAGAACAGCCAGCCAAUUCACCCCAUUUUCUUCUCGGAAGUUUGGACCUGAGUGGUUUAAGAAGUCACUUGAUCCUUACUUUCAAAAACUUAAUAGGGCAGAGCUACAAGACAUUUGGGCCAGUUAUCUCAUUGCUCGAGACCUCCCUUACAGUAUCCUUCUCGAUGAAUCUUCGAAGUGCAAAUGUUGGGUAGAACCUUAUUAUCCGAAUCAGUUUGCUCGACAGUUUGGCAUGAAUCAGGCUGUUCCCCUCCAUCAGUCAUCCAGCGAUCUUUCAAUCAGAAGAAAGGCAGAUAACAUCAAAGAAACUGAAUCACGGUUUUGCCAAUUAAAAAGGAAGUUUUCAUUUGUUCCGUUUGAUACUAAUCCAAGCUCUACUGAGUUGUUUGAUUCCUGGUGGUCCACUUAUAUCUACAAUCGCGACAAGACUGCUAUCAAUGUCCUCAGGAAGAUCUCACCGUGUGUUAGACCUCUCGGUCCAUCUGACAGACAAGAAGUUGUUGCUCCCAAGUCCAAUGGUAUCAAAGGCAAUUCUCAGUCUGUAAGAAAUUUUGGCCAGAAUAUGAAGAGAAAAUAUAAAGGGGAUAGUAUUCCAUCACAAUCUCUGGUACAGCAAGACGAGCCCAUACAACAAAAGAACUCGCAUGAGGCAGGUGAAAAGAUACCUAUGGGAACAACAUCAUCCAAGAAGAUGAAGACUUCCCCGAGGAAAAUGCUAUUACCUUGUACAUCAGUCUUCCGUACAAGUUGUACUCCUGCUAAUGAAGACAGGACUAAGACAGACAUCGAAGUUUCUGCUGAAGCUAGAUCGAUCUCCACCUCGUCCUCCACUUCUGACAAAGAUGGUGAGGACGACACAGUUUCCUCACCAUUAGUUAAUACCAGAAGCAAGACAUCUGACAUUAUUGUACCACCUGAUUGCCCUGUAAAAUUUGAUAAUCUAGAAGACUUCUUUGCUCGAGUUAGUGGACAAAUUAAACGAGCUCAAUCUCUCGGUUUUUCUGCUGAUCAGUGUUCUCCAAAUUUUACACCGUCAGCAGAAAUGCUUGCCACAGCGAAAGAUAACACUGAGAGAUUACUAAUCAUGCCGUCUCAGGACUUGCUUCUACCCAAAAACUGUUCGACAUUAAGUGCAGCACUAUCAAUGUAUGCUGCAACACCUGAUUUAUCGUCUGAGAGAGCGCUUGCCUUGAAGAAACUCAAAGAGAACCUUCCGCACCUUUCCUUGACCUUGCGUAGAGCUAAGAAGGACCAAGAGGAGUAUUAUAAGGAGGCUGCCAAGAAAGUACUCCUCGUCGAUGAGCUCACAAAAGAUCAGGAACUCUAUACUAACCUCAAAGACUCCAACGACAAGCUUGAAUGUACAAUCAGCAAGUUGAAGGCAAGUUUGAAGGAUGCAAAGACAAAAAGAAAAGCAAUCCAGGAGCAAAAAUUGAGUUUGGCUAACAAGUGUUUUGAAAAGUCGACUGCUCUUGACCAAAUGGAAGCUGACUUUCCUGUCCUGGAGGAGAUGAAGAAGCUAGCUGAUUCGGAUGUUGCCCGAGUGGAAGAAAGCUUGAGAGACUUCAAGAGUAAGAUAAUCGAGUGAUCGCUUCCAUAAACCGUCUGUCAUGUGAAUUUGCUGGCUAGUGAUCCAUAGUUUAAGAUCAUGUAAAUAGUUUUUUGCUAUGUACAAACUCUCUUUUGAAUGGCAUCCCUAAGUAUAGCCAAGUUAUGGUUUUUGUUGGCACA